GGACCCUCUUGUCGUCGCUCCCCAAUACCCCCCAUGUCUUUCCCUGCGUUCGAUGACAAUAAGCGUGCAGCUCUUCGGCAAUUAGCCAGCGAAACACUCAGUGCCCUCCAAUCUGGGUCCUAUUCCACCCCGGGAGGUCGCAAGCACAGUCUGACACGGAAGAUUGAAGCCUCAAACGCCAACACCCGUUACUACUCACCAGACUCCACGACACUAUCCAACUGGUCGUCCGGUACGGGGUUCUUCUCAUCCUAUUUCGCGCCUCGAACCCCCACGGGCACCGCCACAACCGAGACGACGAUCCUCCAGAUCUCCACGCUGGACUGCGCGCGCCUGCUCAGCAACAUUCACAAGAAUAAUGCCGACGAGCGCACCAAGAUCGGCAUCCUCAACUUUGCGUCCGCGACGAAGCCCGGCGGCGGGUUCAUCAACGGCGCGCAGGCGCAGGAGGAGUCCAUCGCGCGUGCAUCCACGCUCUACCCCACGCUCCUCACGCACACUGCGCAGCAAUUCUACCAGGUGCACUCGCGCGACGCCCGCCAGGGCUUCUACACGCACGCGAUCGUCUACUCGCCCGGCGUCGUCGUCUUUCGCGAUGACAGUGGCGCGUGGACAGAGCCCUUCGAUGCGGACGUGCUUACAUGCGCAGCGGUCAACGCCGGCGAGGUGCGCCAGUCAUCCGCUGGGCGCCAUGCGAGCGUGGAGGACAAGAUCGAGCGCGAGAUGAAGGAGCGCAUGGGGCGCGUGCUGUACCUGUUCGAGAAGGAGGGCGUGAAGGACAUCGUGUUGGGCAGCUUCGGUACGGGUGUGUUCCGCAAUAACGUGUCGUUUAUUGCGAAGACAUGGGCAGAUUUACUUUCUGUCCCCGGCGCGAGGUUCGGGAGCUCGUUCGAGCGCGUGAUGUUCGCCAUCACCGGGGAGAGGACGUUCGCCGAGUUUGAAGCCGCGUUUAAAGCUCGGUCCCAAGGAGGGCGAGGAGCGGGAUCCCCAACAGCGAGCUUUUGAGUCAGACGGGGGCCUACCUUAGGCCACCACGGACUUGACGGAUCAACUGUAUUCCAUGUAUAUUGUACUCAUAACUUCUGGCAACGAUUGUCUUAGAUUGUAAGCCCGCAGUCUCCAAAUUUUUAUGGUGUGGGCGAAGUC